GAAGUCUCACGGCCGGAGUUGGUGGUCCGGGAACCCACGUGGGCUGAGUUUCGGGUUGCUUUGGUGGUCCGACCCGCUGUGGUGCUCACCCGGGCCUAGUCGCCAUGGGGAAGCUGCGCCGGCGGUACAACAUCAAGGGGCGCCAGCAGGCGGGUCCCGGCCCCUCGAAGGGCUCCCCCGAGCCGCCCCCCGUGCAGCUGGAACUAGAGGACAAGGACACUUUGAAGGGAGUUGAUGCGAGCAACGCACUCGUUCUACCGGGGAAGAAGAAAAAGAAGACCAAAGCCCCUCCGCUGUCGAAGAAGGAGAAGAAGCCUCUGACCAAGAAGGAAAGGAAAGUGCUGCAGAAAAUCUUAGAACAGAAGGAGAAAAAGAGCCAGCGAGCAGAGAUGCUACAGAAGCUGAGUGAAGUCCAGGCUUCCGAAGCCGAGAUGAGACUCUUUUAUACCACCUCCAAGCUGGGCACUGGGGACCGCAUGUACCACACCAAACAGAAGCCUGACGAGGUGGUGGCCCCAGGCCAGGAGAAGAUCAGCAGCCUCAGCGGUGCCCACCGGAAGCGUCGCCGCCAGCCCUCAGCUGAGGAGGAGGAGGAGUCACAGGAGUCGGAGCUGGAGGGGGAGUCAGAGCUGGACGAGGACCCGGCUGCUGAGCUGGCUGAGGCUGGUGCGGGGACCACCGUGGCACCUCUGCCGCCAACUCCAGCACCCAGCUGUCAGCCCGCGCCGGCUGGGAUGCCUGUUCCUCCUCCUCCAGCUGCAGCACCCCCACUGCCCAGGGCCCUGGCCAAGCCUGCUGUCUUUAUCCCCGUGAACCGCUCCCUGGAAAUGCAGGAAGAACGGCUGAAGCUCCCAAUUCUCUCUGAAGAACAAGUGAUCAUGGAGGCUGUGGCCGAGCACCCCAUUGUCAUCGUGUGUGGUGAGACUGGCAGCGGGAAGACCACACAGGUGCCUCAGUUUCUCUAUGAAGCAGGCUACAGCAGUGAAGACAGCAUCAUCGGUGUCACAGAGCCCCGCCGAGUGGCCGCCGUGGCCAUGUCCCAGCGAGUGGCCAAGGAGAUGAAUCUGUCCCAGCGGGUCGUCUCCUACCAGAUCCGGUAUGAAGGAAACGUGACAGAGGAGACCAGAAUCAAGUUCAUGACGGAUGGUGUGCUGCUCAAAGAAAUCCAGAAGGACUUCCUGCUGCUGCGGUACAAGGUGGUGAUCAUCGACGAGGCCCACGAGAGGAGCGUGUACACGGACAUCCUCAUCGGCCUCCUGUCCCGCAUUGUGACUCUCCGGGCCAAGAGGAACCUGCCACUCAAGCUGCUCAUCAUGUCGGCCACGCUGCGGGUGGAGGACUUCACCCAGAACCCGCGGCUCUUCGCCAAGCCGCCCCCGGUCAUCAAGGUGGAAUCCAGGCAGUUCCCAGUAACUGUGCAUUUCAACAAGCGGACACCACUGGAAGACUACAGCGGCGAGUGCUUCCGGAAGAUUUGCAAGAUCCACCGGAUGCUGCCCGCAGGCGGCAUCCUGGUGUUCCUGACGGGGCAGGCUGAGGUGCACGCGCUGUGCCGCAGGCUCAGGAAGGCUUUCCCACCCUCCAGAGCCCGGCCACAAGAAAAGGACGAUGAUCAGAAAGACUCAGCGCAGGAAAUGCGGAAGUUUAAGAAGUCGAGGGCCAGGGCCAAGAAGGCGCGGACCGAGGUGCUGCCCCAGAUCAACUUGGAUCAUUACUCAGUGUUGCCGGCAGGCGAAGGCGAUGAGGACAGGGAGGCGGAAGUGGACGAGGAAGAGGGGGCUCUGGACUCCGACCUCGAUCUGGACUUGGGGGAUGGCGGGCAAGAUGGAGGUGAGCAGCCGGAUGCCUCCCUCCCACUCCACGUGCUCCCGCUGUACUCUCUGCUGGCCCCAGAGAAGCAAGCACAGGUCUUUAAGCCUCCACCGGAGGGGACUCGGUUGUGUGUUGUGGCCACCAACGUUGCCGAGACGUCUCUUACAAUCCCUGGCAUCAAGUACGUGGUGGACUGUGGGAAGGUCAAGAAGCGUUACUACGACCGCGUCACCGGCGUGUCCUCCUUCCGCGUCACCUGGGUCUCCCAGGCAUCAGCUGACCAGCGAGCAGGCAGAGCAGGACGGACAGAGCCCGGCCACUGCUACAGGCUGUAUUCAUCUGCGGUUUUUGGUGACUUCGAGCAGUUUCCUCCUCCUGAAAUCACCCGGAGGCCUGUUGAAGACUUAAUCCUUCAAAUGAAGGCUCUCAACAUUGAAAAGGUCAUCAACUUCCCCUUCCCGACGCCCCCCUCCGUGGAGGCCCUUCUUGCCGCCGAGGAGCUGUUGAUCGCACUGGGUGCCCUGCAACCGCCCCAGAAAGCAGAAAGGGUGAAGCAACUGCAGAAGAACCGGCUGAGCUGCCCCAUCACUGCGCUGGGCCGGACCAUGGCCACGUUCCCCGUGGCACCCCGCUACGCCAAGAUGCUGGCUCUGAGCCGGCAACACGGCUGCCUGCCCUAUGCCAUCACCAUUGUGGCCAGCAUGACGGUGCGGGAGCUGUUUGAGGAGCUGGACAGACCGGCAGCCAGUGACGAGGAGCUCGCCAGGCUGAAGAGCAAGCGGGCCUGGGUGGCCCAGAUGAAGAGGACCUGGGCAGGGCAGGGGGCUUCUCUGAAGCUCGGCGACCUCAUGGUGCUGCUGGGUGCCGUGGGAGCCUGUGAGUAUGCCGGCUGCACACCCCAGUUUUGCGAAGCCAACGGGCUGCGGUACAAAGCCAUGAUGGAGAUCCGGCGCCUGCGGGGCCAGCUGACCAGCGCAGUCAAUGCCGUGUGCCCGGAGGCUGAGCUCUUCGUGGAUCCCAAGAUGCAGCCGCCCACCGAGAGCCAGGUAACCUACCUGCGACAGAUCGUGACGGCCGGCCUGGGGGACCACCUGGCCCGCCGGGUCCAGAGCGAGGAGCUGCUGGAGGACAAGUGGAGGAAUGCCUACAAGACCCCUCUCCUCGACGACCCUGUCUUCAUCCACCCCAGCUCCGUCCUUUUCAAAGAGCUCCCCGAGUUUGUGGUCUACCAGGAAAUCAUGGAGACCACCAAGAUGUACAUGAAAGGCGUCUCUAGCGUGGAGGUCCAGUGGAUCCCGGCCCUGCUUCCCUCUUACUGCCAGUUUGACAAGCCCCUGGAGGAGCCAGCCCCUACCUACUGCCCCGAGCGGGGGCGGGUGCUGUGUCACCGAGCCAGCGUGUUCUAUCGCGUGGGCUGGCCGCUUCCCGCCAUCGAGGUGGAUUUUCCAGAGGGCAUUGACCGCUACAAGCACUUUGCCCGGUUCCUGCUGGAAGGACAGGUCUUCCGCAAGCUGGCCUCAUACCAGAGCUGUCUGCUGUCCAGCCCCAGCACCAUGCUGAAGACGUGGGCCAGGCCCCCAGCAGCAGCUGGUCUGUGCCCUGGCUGCCUGCCACCAACCUGCAUCCCUGCCCCACAGGCUGCAGCCCCGGACGGAGAGCCUCCUGCGAGCCCUGGUUGCAGAGAAGGCUGACUGCCGUGAAGCCUUGCUGGCUGCUUGGAAGAAAAACCCCAAAUACCUGCUGGCCGAGUACUGUGAGUGGCUUCCACAGGCCAUGCACCCCGAUAUCGAGAAAGCCUGGCCCCCCACAACUGACCACUGACCGGACACCUGGCUGGAGGGCCGAAGACUGGAGGGCUGGCAGCAGCCUGUCACCCUGCGACCAUGACUGCCUGGCGUGGGCUUCAUGGCCUGCUCUCGGGAAGCAGGUCAAGCCCUGGGAACCUCGUCCAUGAGAACUCGAUACCGUAUGAAGCGUGCUGCUGCCCGUGCCGUCUGGCCUGGGGGUGACUUUUUGAACUGAUUAUUACAUGGUGGAUGAUGAUUUCAUCUCACGUGCUGGACGCUGUUCUGUUCAGUGUGCUCUUUGGACUACAUUAGUCCGCCGUGGAGCAGCAGGGCCGGAGGUCUCUGCAGUCCCUUCCCCGCUGCCCUACCAGAAGGCCAAGGAGGCACGUGGAGGGCUCAUCCUUUCUGCAAUUCUUCCCUCUAGAGUCAGGGAGGUCCGCCCAGCCCUGGCCUCACAGCCGUCCCAGAUGUUAGGUGAACCACCGAGCUGUGCGUUGACCUUGAGGGGCCCGGCUCGGGGCCCCCAGGCUCCACGCCUUCUUGGGAGGGUGGACGCCGGCACCUUUCCUGUGUUACGGCUGCGGGGAGCGAGCAUCUCGUCUGCCUGUGGUCAGCUCUCAGACGGCAGGGAGCGGAGCUGACCUUGGCCGUGCUUGGUCACCGCUGCCGCAGAGGAUGGGCCUAGCUAGGCUGGGGCCACAGGACUAUUCUGCCGGCCUUGAAUGGGGACUGCAGAACCCUCAGUUUGUCUCCCUUGUUCUUCUGUGGCCGAGGUGGGAGGGGUAGGUCCCCCAGCAAGAGAGACAGGAGCACCCCAGACAGGACCAAGGAGUCGGGAGGCCCCUGCCCUUCCGUCCUCCAUGGUGAGGGCCCGGACGUCUCCCCAGAGCCCAGCGCUCGCAGGAUGGAUUCCGCUCCUGGCUUUGCUUCUGCGGCUUUGGUGGAGACAGUUAUGGAAUAAAAUGUUCCUUGCACCCAGA